UUGGGAAGAUGGCGGACGGGCCGUCGCGCUCUCCCGCGGGCUGGGGGCGGUCAGUGCGCUCCUAGCAUUUAGACGGACCGGGAGGCUCGGCUGUCAUUGCCGCCAUCGCCAACAUGUCUGAGCCGGGCCACUUGGGGAUAAAGCGGGCCGAAUCGGCGAGGCUGCGCCGGGCGGAACAGCUGAAGCGCUGGAAAGGCUCCUUGACCGAACUGGAGCCGGUGACUCCCGCCCGGAGCCGGCACCGAGGUGGGGGCCGUGUGCGCUUCGAGGACGGCGCCGUCUUUCUGGCUGCCUGCUCCAGCGGAGACACCGAGGAGGUGAAGCGCCUGCUGGCCCGCGGAGCCCGCCUUAACACGGCCAACGUAGACGGGCUGACGGCGCUACAUCAGGCCUGUAUAGAUGAAAACCUGGACAUGGUAAAAUUUCUGGUAGAAUAUGGAGCCAAUGUAAAUCAGCAAGAUAACGAGGGGUGGACCCCACUUCAUGCAGUUGCAUCUUGUGGCUAUCUGAACAUAGCAGAGUACUUGAUAAAUCAUGGGGCCAAUGUUGCUGCUGUGAACAGUGAAGGUGAAGUCCCAGCUGACCUUGCAGAGGAAGCAGCCAUGAAAGAUUUGCUUUUGGAACAAGUAAAGAAACAGGGGGUGGAUCUUGAUCAGGCCAGAACAGAAGAACAACAAAUGUUGCAGGAUGCCCGACAGUGGCUAAAUAGAAGGAAAAUUGAAGAGAAGAAGCACCCUCGAACAGGGGCUACUGCUCUCCAUGUAGCUGCAGCUAAAGGCUACUGUGAGGUGAUGAGACUCUUGAUCCAAGCUGGGUUUAAUGUAAAUGUUCAGGACAAUGAUGGAUGGACACCACUCCAUGCUGCUGCACACUGGGGGGUGAAAGAAGCUUGCACUAUCUUGGCUGAAGCACUCUGUGAUAUGGACAUCAGGAAUAAGCUGGGUCAAACACCAUUUGAUGUUGCUGAUGAGGGAUUGGUUGAACACUUAGAGAUGCUGCAGAAGAAACAGAAUAUGCUGCGUAGUGAAGAAUCAAACAAAUUAAUUGAAGCUGAUAUGAAUGGUAAAGUUCAAAGUGGACUUUUCAAAAACAAAGAGAAGAUUAUUUAUGAAGCAGAUACUUUGAAAUCGUUAGAGACCGAAGAAGAGAACAAGGAAUCUAGUAGUUCCAGCUCCGAGGAAGAGGAAGAAGCUGAAGAAGAUGAAGUUUCAGAGUCAGAUACUGAAAAGGAGGCAGAGAGCAAAGAAGAGUCUAUUGCAAACCAUUCCAAUCAUGAAUCCAGAAUUCUCAUCACAGAACAAAUACCACCCCCAGAACAUAACAUUUUUACUACUGCUCCUGCUCGAAAAUGUAGUUCAUUGGUCAACAAGCCUGAAGAACAAAAAGAUGAAUCACCAUCAUCAUGGAGGCUAAGCUUGCGGAAAACUAGCAGCCAAAAUGCACUUAGUGAGGACAGCAUGCCCCGUGACAAAGAGAAAGGCAGCUCCAUCUAUUACUCUUCUUCAACCCCUCGGAUAUCUGCACUAUUAGAUAACCAAGAAAAGCAGGACAAGGAUAAUAGGAUCUAUUUUGCUUCAAUAUCCCCUCGAAAAUUAAAUAAUACAGGUGACAUUGAAGAAAAAGAAAACAGAGAAUCUGCUGUUAACUUGGUACGGAGUGGUCCUUACUCUCGCCAACAAUGGAGGGAGGAACCAAAGGGGAAUGAAGCCCCUACAACUGGUGCACCUUCCACCUACAUAUCUACCUAUUUGAAAAGUGCUUCAUUUGGUAGAAGUAGUGAAAUCAGCAGUCCCUACAUUUCAGCUAAUCGCAAUGCAUGUUCUACUACCUCAUCUACUAUUAUUGAUUCAUCUACCUCAUUGGGCACAGAGUGGCAGAUUGCCCCUUGCCCAACAUCUACCAGGUUUAACACUGCACCAUCAGUUUACCAGACUACCAGAGCCCCUUACCGACAACAAAGUGACUCUACCACAGAGAAGAGCACAGAGGCCGUCUCUUCUAGCAUUCCAUUAAGUGCCAUAACAAAUCUCACUGUACCUGGAAGUUCCAAUGGUGUCACAACUACUAAUUCUAACUCACUGACUGGAACAGAGUCAUCUGCUGGUGAUGCCAGGGAUCGAAGAAGGUCCUAUCUGACACCUGUAAGGGAUGAAGAAGCAGAAUCUCUAAGGAAAGCUCGAUCUAGGCAAGCUCGUCAGACUCGCAGAUCUACCCAGGGUAUAACACUUACAGACCUGCAGGAGGCAGAGAAAACGUUUAGCCAGUCUCGUGCAGAGCGGUUUACUCAGGAACAGCCUAGUGAAAGGUCAGACCGCCUCAGAGCUAGUGAGGGAAGUGGUGGAAAACAAGAAGAUAUUACCAGAAGAGAAUCCAGGGAGAUCAACUCACCAUGGAGUAGAAACUUGGAUGAAGAGUCUUCUGGUCAUCGAUUGAGAUACCUAGCACAACAAGACAAACCUACAACUGCUGUCUCUCCUUCAUUAACUUCCAGUCUUUAUUCAAGUUCUCACAUGCCCAAAACAAGUAAAUUUACAUCUUCUGAUUCAUUAAGCUCAGCAGAUUACCAAAGCACAUCAGCUGGCAACAUGGAGAAAAAUGAAUACGAAGAUCAGGACCUGGAUGAUAGAACUUCAAACAAGCAGUCAGUAAGAGAGAGACGGAGACCAAAAGAGAGACGGAGAGGCACUGGAAUCUCUUUCUUUACAAAGGAUGAUGAAGAAAUAGAUGGUACUGAAGAAGUAAUGGAGGACAAGCAUGAAAGACUCUCCAGGCUGGAUUCAGCAAGUUCAAGCACUGGCACUAGUGACACCUAUAGCGAUCGAUCCUCAGGCCGCACCAGUGCCUAUACCAGAAGAGCCGCGCUCAGCAGCAGAACAGAAGAUGAUAGUAGCAAGGAUUAUAAAAAGCUCUAUGAGAGUGCCCUGUCUGAAAACCAGAAACUGAAAUCUAAACUGCAAGAUGCCCAGACGGAACUCGCAGAUAUUAAGUCAAAAAUGGACAAACUAGCUCAGCAGAAACAGGAGAAAACUUCAGAUCGUUCAAGUAUGCUUGAGAUGGAAAAAAGGGAAAAACGAAUCCUUGAACGGAAACUUUCUGAAAUGGAAGAAGAGAUGAAGGUUUUCACAGAGCUGAAGUCAGACAAUCAGCGGCUGAAAGAUGAGAAUGGAGCACUCAUCCGAGUCAUCAGUAAACUCUCAAAGUAGCCUAUUGGACAAAGGAUGGGCAGAAAGAGGAGAUUUCUGUGCACAAGCUGCCAACCCUGCCACCGACUUCCGAUCUUCCAGUUGAAAGAACUAUUGGCAAUUUAGCCAUGGACCAGUUGGCAACACACACAGCUCCUUGCACUUGCUGGGCAUUUUUAUUUUGCACAGUGCUUACCCCGCCCUUUUCUUCUAAAAGCAUGCCUCACCACAAGUUUAUUAUUUUUACAAUAUUGAAGUAAUUUAUUCAAAAGGACAAAGAGUGAUUGUCACUGUCUGAACUACUCAAACCAUCUGCUGUAAACCCAAUAUGCAUCCAAACUUAAUCUGAUUUAAAGAAGUAUCUACUGUAAUAAGUGAUAUAGAAGUGACUAUGAUGUCGAUCAAACAUGUCUUAAGAUACUGUCAUGGAAUAGGAAUGGGGAAUGAAAUGGAAUUACUCUUCCUUCUGGAAUUUGGGAGUAUGGAGUCUGUGAAAAACUUGUUGGCUUAUUUCUUUGGGAGUCUCAUAAUGUGUCUUGCCCUGGAAAUGCAUAUUCUACAUAUCUCUCAGUACUUGACUGAUUUAUUUAAUGUUAGAUUUGAAAUCAGUUUCAUAUUGGGGCCCAAUAAUUGUUUUUUCCUUUCCAUCUUUCCUCAAGAUGUUUCCUCCUGGUGUUUUCUCUAGAACUGUUUAAUAGAUGAUUACACCUUAUAGCUCUCACAUUUUUAGCAUUCUUUUUUCCCCAAUAAUUCUGAUGGAAGGACAUCCAACAUCAAAAAUUGCUUAGGGUAGAUUUCCACUUGCAGGAUGUAUCUCUGCACAAGAUAUCAACAUAUCUUUUUAUAAGCAAAAUGAUUCAUUUACCACUGAAAUAAUAACAUUGCACAAAAUCAGAGCAAAUAAGUUGGAUUUAAGACAAUGUUCAUUAGGUGCAAAGCUGAAAACACAAAAGCAUUCUCAGAGUUUAACAUGGAAGAAGGCUGGUGGUUUGAGCUGCUUAGUCCUGUGAAAAAUGCUGUCUCAAGUCUUGGUGGAAAACCUUGAUAAAAAUUAUACUACUAAUGUUUGAGACGUUUAAUGCAAUGUUUAAUUUGCACAGUUGUUAGCAAAAAUGCACUUGUCUUUAAUAUCAAUAGUAAGAUCAGUAGCAUUCAUGCCCUGGUUUUUGGUCACGCUGGAAAUAAAAUGCAUUAACUUUCAUAGAUUCUCAGAAUACUAACGUCUUCAGAGCCUGUGCUUCUCUGGUUAUAACAAUGAGAUUUCACUUGCAGCACUUAAUAUAUUUUUUCAAAUCCUGACCACUGCUUUUCUUUUCUCUUUUCCUUUGUAUUCCAAAGCAUGAUAUCACAUUUUGAAGCUAUACUUUUUGGUCUGGUUAUAGUCAGCUUUCACAAUUGAUUAGAACAGAGUCUUGGGGAUUUAAGAAAAGCAGCUUAUACAUAGAUACAAGUGAGCAGUAGUACUUCAGAUCUUUUUGCCAUCAUUGCUCAAUGGUGAACACAAUAUGGCUUUUUAAAAAUCUAUUGUGGACUACUAUAAAAAAGAAGUGACUGGUCUUUUCUCUUUCAUCUUUUUGUUCUGAAUUCUCGUGUAAUUUUCUUACUUUUAUUGGCUGCAAAGAAAUGCAGAAUUCUGUUAAGAGCCAGGAGUUGCCAUCUGUGAGCUGACUUAUUCAGAUAUUGGUUGUCUGGUGUAGUAAUCAGUGCAUUCACAAUACUUAGAGCUUUCUAGUUUAGCUCUGAGGCUCUCAGCAACCCUUUAGUUUCCUCUGUCCCCCUUUUGGGGAACUUUGGAUAUUGUCCAGAUUUCAAGGUGUAGCUAACAAUUAUAUGUGAAAGUUAAGUACAUGUUGACAUUGUAAUGAAUUUUAUUCAUGAUAUUGCUUUUGCACUGCCUAACCUAUUUCAGCCCCAUAGAGGAUUACAGAGAGGUAUGAACAAAAGAUUUUUAGUUGGUCCUGUCAAACUCUACCAUAAACAGUCAUGGAAAUGAAAAAAGAAUCAUUCCGUAAGAGGUCCUGCAUAGUACUACUGUUAUUUUAUGUCUGGAAUAUAGUAACUUAAAUCAAUCCUAAUUUUAAUAUCCAGAAAUCUAAGGACAAAUAUAAAAAGGCCUACUAUGAAGAAUUGUGCCCUAUCUAGUAAUGAGUUAGAAUUAGAAAAUUAUCAAAUUGAAUUUUGCCUAGAAUUACCUGAGCUGAUUAAUCAUGAAACAAUCCAAUAUGCUCAUCAUAAAAUGAUUGGGGGGGGGAAUGGGGUGAAAAGAGAUUAUUCCUUAGGAUGUCAUUAAGAUGAAUGGCAACAAUCAACAACAUUUAGGCCUAAAUAUUUUUUCUUCUAUUUCAAGGAUUUCAAAUCACCUUCAAACGGUUAAAUGGACCAUUUUUAUCCUGAGGUAAAGAAAAUUUAGUCCAUUUUUAAAAGCUGAAAUAUAAUGAGAUUUGUUCCUUCUCUCAAAAAAUAAUGAAAGGAAAAUGUUGAAUAGAAGUUACUUAUUUCAUCUCAAGAAUUAGUAUAUGUUUUAAAAUUUUCAUUUGAAACGGGAAGUAUUUUCAAGAAACUUUCUGAUUUAAUGAAGGGCUGAAUGUGUGGACAGGCAAAAGGCAUAUUCAUGUUUAAAUCAAAUUAUUUUAAGUUUUUUAUAUGAUCAAGUAAACUUGCCUCAAGAAUUCAGGACACCUCUUUGUUUUUAAAGGAUAUCAAGAACGAAAAUAUUACUCCCCUCACUGGUUGUUGCUCUGACCCAAUUAAGUUUAGAUUUAGAUGAAUGUUCUAUUUUAAUUGUUCAGGAAGCUAAAAUGUUCUCUGCAUAAGCUGCAAAUGAUAGAGGAGAAUGGUUGAAAGUUUAGCCUGUGACAUGAAGGCUUUCAAGCUUGUGGAUGAUAGAAGUUUUUAUUUAAAUGGGAAAUGAAUGGUUCUGUUUUGGUUCUUCUUCCUGAAAGCUUUCACCAAUGAAUUUUUCCAUAUCUAAGAUUUUAAAAAUCUUUGUGCAAGUGCUUUAAGAAGCAUAAGAAGAAGCACAAUUUUAUUCCUUGCAAAUGGGGAAGUUCCAUGGAUAUGUUUGGUAAGAAUUAAAUUUCAUAUGAAACUAAAGGUACUACAUGUUAAAAGAACUAAAUAUAGGAAAACAAACAUGAAUAGGGAAGAAAUUAGUGAUAAGUCAUUUAGUGAUAAAUUGGUUUACUUUACGAGAAGGCUGUCUUCCUAGUAAUAUGGAUAAACUGCUCAUAGAAAAUAAAAGGAUGAAGGAAAAACAGGGUACGUAGAUGCAAGAGCAAGUAUAUAUGAAUACAUUUGAAUUUAGAAAAGUUUUAGUAUUUAUUUAUUUCUGUCCAUAUUGUUUUACUGUUAAUGGAAACAAUUCAUGGAUGAAAUCUGGAUGAUCAGGGAGCAUUAGAUGAAUCUAAUUUGAUCAUUUUCCAUGCAUAUGCACUUGAUUUUUACUAUUGGAAGCUAGUGCAGAGUCAUUGAUAUAUAUCACUUUCUUUUUUUCUCUUAAGGGAUGUUUAUAUUAAUAAUUACCAUUUAAAACACUUAUUCCCAUGGAAUAAUUCAAAGUAUAAGGCUAACCAUGUUGCUGUUUGCUGAUAAAGCAUUAAAUAUAAAUUAAACACAAACCCUGGACUAUCACUGAUAUAUAAAGAUUAAUGUUUAUUAUUUCUUAGGACAAAAAUGAGAUAUCUGUGACCCUUCAAGUGUUCCUGAAAUUUCAGCAUCCCUCACCAUACAUGAUGGUUGAGACUUCUGUAAUUCAGUAACUUCAGGAGCCUUCACUCCCCCACCCCAUCCUGCUUUAGACUAAAGUUAACAUUGUCCCUAACCAAUGAUAUAAAUGUAAAGAAAAAUGUAAAGUAUAUAUCCUUUCUGGGACAUAUAAUGAAUUCCCCACCCAUAAAAAUAUUUUGUUAUUGUGAAAGCAAAAUGUAGUCCUUUGCCCCCAUUUAAACCUGAUCCAUUGGAUCAUCAAGUUCUCUUUUCAAAUUACUAGGAUGUAAAAAAGUAACCAAAACUCUCCCAAAUUGUGAAGAGUUUGAGGAAGAGUGUCCCAGUGUACAGUACAGGAAGACUUCCACAGUGUAUAUGCAGAUGUCUUCAAUAUAUCCCUUUCAAUUCUAUCUAUUCAAUUCAAUUCUAUCAGAACCUAAAAAUGAACUUGUUUUGACAGGAUUUUUUGCAAGCAAAUUGAAUGUCCAGUCACAAAGAAUGUACUUCAUCCUUGUCCACUCUAAUAUAUGCAUUUUUAUGAAGUCCCUCAGCUUUGGUACAACAGGCUUCAUUUUCCCUAUCUUUGACCUUCUAGCUCCACUCAGGCCUGCUGCCAUAUUAGCUGACCUGGGAGAGAGGCUUCUGGCUUAGGGAUAUUAAGUCUGUAUCUCAAAGGCAACUAUAUCUUUGUUUCAAGCUUUCAGUUCCCAGGGCUUUUUCUUUGAAUGGUGUGUUUCGAUCACAUUUAUUCUGUGUUUGAAAUCUUUUUGUGUGAUUCUACUAGAGGCAGCAUGUUCCAAGAAGAGUUUGUUUUUGUUUUGUUUUCUUACCAAGAUUACUUCUUAGCAAUUUACUGAUAAAUUCAUCCAUUCCCCAAGAUUCCUUUAUUUCUUGGGGCAAGUUAAACUCUGGGUGAAUAUACUUUGUAGGUUCUUGAGCUAACAGAAGGGUUAAAAUCAGCUGCAUAUCUUUCCACUCCUGACUUUUUAGUAUAUAAUAUUGAGGAAAGUCAAAAUACGUUACUGUAAAAGCUACUCCUGAAAAAAGAACAGCAUCCUACUGUUGGCUCAUUAAAUUCCCACAUGCAAAUAUUCUAAGUGUUAUCUGUUUUUAAAAAAUGUUUUACAACUCUUUGUAAAUAAUUAAUUGGAGAAAAGAGUGGCUUGUGUGUGAAGGAAAAGAAUGUAUUUUUAUGCAACUUUUUUUGAGUGGCCUUCCAAAUUUUGAGAUGAAUGCUUUUGUUUUCCUGAUUGUUACAUAGUAUUCUAAGUAUUAUAUGUUUGAAAGUUUGAGAAUAAUAUUCACAUCUAUAAUGCUUGUAAACACAACAGUAUUUAUAAAUGAAUAAAACAAAUGCUUUAA